CCCUCCCGCCGCGGGGCGGCCCUGGCCCUGGCUCUGCCCGGGCGGUGCCCGGCGCCUCCUGCUCCCGGCCCAGGCGGGCGGCUGACGCGGCCUCCGGGCGCACGGGCACGCCACCUCUGCCUAGCAACAGAAGCGGAUUGUGAAUGUAAGCCUUUGAAAACCUCAGGCUAUCAGCAUUACUAUCUUCAGGAUAGAUAACAGCUCUCAAAGCAUCUUGAGGGGAUGCACCAUGAUAUCAGCAGUGAUUGACACUGGAGGCCUUGCCCUGGAGUUCAACAGCAACGGAAUAAAAAAAUGAAGAGGAAAAUGAGCCAGUCUGAAUUCCCAGCAGUGAUUGUCGAGCCAGUUCCUAGUGCCAGACUAGAACAGGGUUACGCUGCUCAGGUCCUGGUUUACGAUGACCAGACUUACUUGAUGCAAGAUGUAGCAGAGGAACAAGAAAUUGAGACUGAAACUGUGGAAACAGUGGAAGCAUCAGUACAUGGAAGUAAUGUGCACUGCACAGAUAAGACAAUCGAAGCUGCGGAGGCUUUGCUUCAUAUGGAGUCUCCUACCUGCCUGAGAGAUGCCAGGAGUCCUGUGGAAGUUUUUGUCCCUCCUUGUGUGUCAACCCCAGAAUUUAUCCAUGCAGCCAUGAGACCUGAUGUGAUCACAGAAACUGUGGUGGAGGUGUCAACAGAGGAAUCUGAACCAAUGGAUGCAUCUCCUGUUCCAACUUCCCCAGAUAGCCAUGAGCCAAUGAAAAAGAGAAAAGCGGGCCGUAAACCGAAGACCCAACAAUUGGCCAUAUCUGAUGGGUCUCCGGAUCUAGGUAUAAAGAAGAAACCUAGAGAAGGCAAAGGAAAUACAACGUACUUGUGGGAGUUUCUUCUGGACCUGCUCCAGGACAAAAACACAUGUCCUCGAUAUAUUAAAUGGACUCAGCGAGAGAAGGGAAUCUUUAAACUCGUGGACUCGAAAGCUGUCUCUAAACUAUGGGGAAAACACAAAAACAAACCUGACAUGAAUUAUGAGACAAUGGGAAGAGCUCUGAGAUACUACUAUCAAAGAGGAAUCCUUGCAAAAGUUGAGGGACAGAGGCUUGUUUAUCAGUUUAAGGAGAUGCCAAAAAAUAUAGUUGUCAUAGAUGAUGACAAAAGCGAAUCCUGCAAUGAAGAUUUGGCAAUGCCUACAGAUGAAAAGUCAUUGGAAAGAGUGUCUUUAUCUGCAGAAAACCUUUUAGAAGCAACAAGCUCUCCACGUGGAGGAAAGAAUUCCUCUCAGUUAAGCUGCACCAGAACAGAAAAAGCAGUCACCAGAGUUGUGAAUAUUGCCUCACCAGCGCAUGAUACAUCGUCAUCUCGUCCCUCAACUACCACUACUACUGUCCCAGCAACAACAGCUCCCAGGACUGUCCGUGUGGCAAUGCAAGUGCCUGUUGUAAUGACCUCUCUGGGACAGAAAAUCUCAACCGUGGCAGUGCAGUCAGUAAAUGCAGGGUCACCGUUAAUAACCAACACAAGUCCAUCAACAGCAACGACUCCAAAGGUAGUAAUCCAGACAAUCCCUACCGUGAUGCCAACCUCUGCUGAAAGCGGAGACAAAAUCACAAUGCAACCUGCCAAAAUCAUUACGAUUCCUGCCACGCAGCUCACGCAGUGUCAGUUACAAACGAAAACGGGCUUGUCUGGGUCAGGAAGUAUUAACAUUGUGGGAACCCCCUUGGCUGUCAGAGCGCUAACCCCAGUGUCUAUAGCUCAUGGGACACCAGUAAUGAGACUAUCCGUGCCUGCUCAGCAGGCGUCUGGCCAGACUCCUCCCAGGGUGAUAAGUGCAGUUAUAAAAAGCCCAGAAGUUAAAUCAGAUGCAGCGGCUUUAAAACAGGAACGUGACGUGAAAACACUGCAGUUGGUAAAAGAAGAGAAACCGGCAGAUGGAAGCAAGACUGUGACUCAUGUAGUAGUAGUUAGCACACCCUCAGCCAUCGCGCUUCCUGUAACAAUGAAAACAGAAGGAAUCAUCACAUGUGAGAAAUGAAGAAUAGAUUGCUUCCAGCAUGGACUUCUAGACUGUUACGGUUUUGAGUAUACUGACAUAAUUGGGGCGGGGAGGGGGGAAGUGGAUGUGAGGAUGUGAUCACCAAGUCGAAAAGAAGAGUUUUGAAAUGUUCAUAAAUGUGCAUAUGUUUAAGACUUGCUGAAAAAGAAAAAAAAAUUCCCGUGUUUCAGUGGGAAUUGAACCACAUUAAUAUGCUGACAAAAAACUGCCUCUUCCAGUUGGGAAAUCGCUGAACCUAUGGAGAAGGAAAGACAGAGGGACUGAAAAGGGACCAAACAGUUCACUACGCUACCCAUUACCAAGUUACACUAAGACCUGAAACACUAGAAGAGAGUUGUGUGAGAGGUUUGCCUUGGUUUUUAGUUUUCAGAGGGAGAGGAAAGUCUCGUUGUUACAAAUGGCAAAUUUGGUGCAUUUUAUAUGCAUACCAGCAAUUACUACUGUGCCCACAGUACUCAACUGGUGCUAUGAGAAAAACUCUGCUACUAGGUAUCGUAGAAUGUGAAAUAAAGGAGAAGAUUAAAGAGCUUCUAAAAGAAGACAGAGACCUAGAGGGAUUUUUGUAUCAUACAGCUUAAGCAGAUUCAAAAUUAAAGCCUUAGACUGAUUUUCAGUUAUCUUUCUUGAAAUAAGCUAAUGGCUUGUUUGUGUAAAGCUUUUUUUAUUAAAACAAAUUUUUUAAAAAAUCUUGUACCUAGCACAGUAUUGUUAUAGAAUUACAUGUAACAUAUUUUGUAUGGUAGUUAAAAGCCUGUCUAAAUUUCUUAAUUGUGGACAAAACAGCAGCAGGCUUCCCGCUUUCUGCUGUAAUAUGCCUGUGUCUCUCACUUAGCCUUGAACUCCAUGCAUACAUUUCAGUUUCAGCUCUACUUUGUCACUUGAAAGGUCACACCCAGCAUGAGCUUUUGUCAGGUAGUUCUAAACCUGUAAAUUUUUUUUUAGUUUGAAGUUAAGAGGGAAGUACCAGUGUUCAGAAUGAACUAUAAUAGUUUGUAUAUUCAACAUUUGAAGUAUAUUCUAUUUUGUUGUACUCUUGUUUCAAAGUGUAUUCAAGUAGGUUUUACUGAAAUAUAGAAAUGAAAUUUAA